AUGAAACCUCAUAACUCCUUCUCUGAGUCGAUAUCGCAGUCCCGUCGAAGCAUUGAUAGUCUCGCCUCCACUAAUGUCUUUAGUCAACCACAAGAACCAGUGGGCAACGCAUCGAAGGUUCAACCACCCCGUUCACUAGCCGGAUUCGCCUCGUUUCUCCUGGGAUUCCAUGAUUCGGAGGUUGACGUUACACCAGAUCUGGAUGAUGCAUGGUCCGUGGCAACCAAGAGAAGAGGUGUUUACAAUCUCUUUGCCGUUCCUGCUAAACUGGAAAGGUUGAUAAUACUUGGUCAGUUUAUAUGUAUGGACGACUUCUUGACCUUAUUCACAUUCCUUCCCCUGAGGACCGGACUCUCAAUUAUCGUCAUUCUUGUUGAGAUGCUGUUGGCUCCGUUGCGCAUGUGUUUCCAACGUAAACGGAAGGCAGCUAAUGUCAACAAGAAACCUCAUGCGGCCAGAUUUAUCGAUAUAUUGCACAUGUCCCUGCUGCUCAUCACCGCAGGUGUCUUGAGUACUGUUGAUGUCAGCUGGAUUUAUCACAACAUUCGGGGCCAAUCGGUUAUCAAACUGUACGUUGUCUUCAACGUCAUCGAGAUCUUUGAUCGCCUGGGGAGUUCUUUUGGGGUCGACAUUUUAGACUCUCUUGGAUGGACAGCUGCCUCCGCAGUUGCCUUCUUUUCUAGGGGGGCAAUCGUACAAGGUUAUGCAGCUGGCGGCACAGACGUCGCAAAAGCCCGCGCGGUACAAGGUUUGGCGUUGCUUACGAGAAUGACUUUCGAUUAUUUGGCGACACUUGUUUACGUUGUAGUCCAUGCCUUGCUCCUACUUACAUGGGUUGUAACGCUCAACGUCGCCAUCAACACCCAGAACAAUGCGUUGCUUACGCUAUUAGUGUCUAAUAACUUCGUGGAACUGAAAGGUGCUGUUUUCAAGAGCUUCAAAGUGCAAAAUUUGUUUCAAAUAUCUUGUUCUGAUGCUGUCGAGCGCUUCCAACUCAACAUAUUUCUCUGUGUAAUGCUAUUGGUAACGAGUGGAGACAAACGCUUGUUCACCACUUGGGGUGUCAUAUAUCUUUGCGAAGUUGUCGUAGAUUGGAUCAAACAUGCUUUUGUGACGAAGUUCAAUCGCAUCCCGUACAGGGUCUAUCAUCAUUUUUCUCUCGUUAUUUGCGAUGAUAUGGUUAAGACGCGCAAGCACUCCCUCGUGAGGAGCAUAGGUGGGUCAGCUGUAUCAAAACGCGUUGGCUUUGUCAGUCUCCCUCUAGCUGCCCUUGUCAUCCGGAUGGGUUUUGCUCCGGCCAUGACCUUACCAACACCAGCACUAUUUAUGAUAUUUACAUCUUUAGUAAUGUUCAAAACGGCGUUGAGCAUUGGCCUUAUUGGUCAUGCAUAUCGAAAGGUGAAGACUGUUGUUCCAAACGCAUCUGAAAUUGUCGGCGAUGACGGGGACAGGGACCAGGACAUUUACUGGCAUCGAAAACUAAUCAAUAUUGAACGUUAUGACCUCAUCGCUAAGAACUGA